GUGGAAGCCCCAGAAGUACCGUGAAGAUAAGAAAAGGAUUCCCUUAAUUGUUUUCGGCGACGAUAUGUUUGGAAAGGACUCAAUUAAGCUAAAAGGAAACCGAUGUGGAACUCUGAAGAAGAGAGAAAGCGAGGGAAGAUUAAUUGCUGUUACAAUUGACGAAUUUAAUACUUCAAGAGUUUGUAGUAGCUGUCACAACGAGACUCUGAAGCCAAUUGAGCAUGCUCAUGGUAAUAAUAUCCUGGAAUGCAAAUUCUACAUUAACGCAAGCAAAAACAUGAUGGAAAUGACAUUAUCAAAUUGGAGACAAACUGGUCGCCCAACCGCAUUUCAAAGACCGAAGAAAUCACAACAAUAACUAUGAGAAUCCUAUCGCUGUAUUAUCAACAGAUUGUCUCUCGAGACAUUUAGAUUAUUACAGAUAUCACUCAUCUAAAAACUAAUUUCUAAUUCAUCUGAAAACUAAUUUUACUUUGUCCAAA